AUGGAAAAACAUUUUUAUAUCAGUCGUGUGAGGAAAGAAAACAGAGCAUUAUCACUUCUUACUUCUCCACCGACAUUGUGCUCUUCUUCCUUCUUCACUGUCAAACUCUUCCUCCUCCUCCUUCUCGGUCAUGUUUCCUCGUUCCUCACCAUCGGUCUGUGUUGUCCUCACUACUACGCUCUUCUCCAUCUUCAUUCAUCCAUUAUAAUUGCUGCUGCACGUCUUAUAUGUAUGUGUGAUGAGCUCAAUUUUUCCUUGGCUGGCCGGCAAUUCUGUUCUUCUCCUUCUCUGCCUUGUCAUAGCAGUUGUAAAAGUCCAGGCGAAGGAACCAGUGGAGGACGGGGAAAGGAGCAGAGCUAGGGGUUGUUUGUGA